UGCGAUUCUGCAGCAACUCCUGUUACGGUUUCGGUACUCUUUAGUCACAUCCAGGCUUUUGUAGUGACGGAGUUCUCUGAUGAAGAUCCAUGGAAGCAUCCUGCGCCGCUUCUGGUCCUGCUGCUCACCAGUCGACAAACACGGCUAUCUCUAUAGAAAGGAACAGAAGACUGGCUCCUAUAAGAAGCACUGGUUUGUACUGAAGGGGAAUCUUCUCUUCUACCAAGAGCAACCAGGGGACAGCAGCCCACUGGGGGUCAUAGUGCUGGAGGGCUGCUCCAUCCAGCUAUGCGACUCGGAGGGGCCGUUUGCCUUUUCUGUGGUGUAUGGGGACCGGGGGCAAUGGAACCAUAGGCUGGCCGGUGCAGAUGAGCCGACGCAGCAGAGCUGGGUUAAAGUGCUGCUGGCGGCCAGCCACGGCUUCUUGUCCAUGCUGGUGAGGGACCUAGAGAGGCAGUAUAAAGAUAUGGGAGGUAUAGCCUACCCCUCUGAGUCUCUGCAGCUCUCCACUGGGUCUCGUCUAGAGGAAUCACAGUUAACCUGCUCUCUGGGUUCCAAGGACACAGGCUACUCCUUCUUCAGGCGAAGCAGGGGUCCUCUGCCAAAAGUGGGGCGAGGCUAUACCAGGAGCCUGUCAUUUCAUGCCCUUCACACUUCAAGCUGGAGGUCGCCGAAACUCUGGAAAAAGACAACCAUCCAUAUCACACCCGUAAGCAGACCAGCCCCACCGUGUGCAGGACCAGAGCCCCUGGAGGAUUUCUGCACAUUGCAUGAGCUCUAUGGUCAGGAAGUAAAAACUGUAAUGGCCACAUGGCGAGAAAGGCAGAAUGAUGGAGAAGUUCAGGAGGGGGAUAUGACUGAAUCGAGUUAAACGAUGUUGUAAAAUGUUCCUAAUGUUCCGCGGUGCAGUCAUGUGAUGGGGGCACUUAUUUAGGUUACCUGUGUCAUGGUCAAUUUAUGAGGUUGAGUUUGUUUACUCUUCCAUCCAAACCCGAAUAGCCAACCUUGCCCAUAUUUGUAGCUAUCAACACCCAUCUUUUGUCCUUGUGUGUUUCUUCCCUCUGCUAUUGUCGAAAACCUCUCUGCUGUUUUUCUUUAAACCAUUCUCAUUUCUCACACCCCCAUUCCCCUAAUCCUUCCCCCCAGCCCUGGGCCCUAUUUUGCACCGGCGGAUAGCGCGACGCAAAGUGGUUUUGCACUGUUGUCGCUUUUGCUCUUUUAAGGCAGUGCAAUGUCAUUGUGCUUUCGACCAACAAAAACCACAUCUGAAGUCAGUGGUCCAUUAUUAAAUGGCAUUUAAGUGGCACGUUUUAGAAAUGUGCAGGUGCACAAUGCUUCUUACAGACACAGAUAUACUAUUGUUUUUGGUUCAUUGCAUGUUACGCCCAAGACACACCUCCGACCAAUUAAGACAGGACAACCUUAUUGCACCUUGCACUGGCUCAAAGUCUGGUUUUUCCAUCAUCAACCGUAAUCAAAAAAACUGGGGUCGCGGGGGGGACUAGAACCUAUCCUGAGAACAAGGAGCACAGGCGGGAACAAACCCUGGGCAGUCGCCAACACACUCACAGGACCAAUUUAGACAUGCCAAUCAACCUAUACUGCACACUUUUGGACUGUGGGAGGAAACCGGAGCCCCCCGCGGAACCCCACACGAACACGGGAAGAGCAUGCAAACUCCACACAGAAAGGACCCGGGACCUAACCCAGGACUUAACCCAGGACCUUCUUGCGGUGAGGCAGCAGCGCUAACCACUGCGCCACCAUAUCGCCCCCUAUAGGAAUCCAAUAGGGAUAAUCCUGUAGAAUUUCUAUCAUAUUUUGGAACCAAAACCCUAUAGAAAUCCUACUGGAUUUUUUAAAUACGAAAAUAAAACAGAGUUAUUGCUCUCUCACAUGAUGUAGCUUAUCAAGGUAACAAUAGCUUCAGUGCCAAUUUAAAUAGGCUAUCGGCUAAGAAGGAAGACAUAUGCAGUACUUUAACAUUAACAUGAUGAUAAAGACAAUAUAUGAGUGAUUUUAAGAUUUACUAACCUUUCUGGAUUAUUUUUCAGGGCCAGAUUCAUCCCCAUAUCUUACAUCAUGAAUACAUCCCAUAGCACAGACACCAUUUACAAUUUUUUUGGUGUAAAACAUCCCAUUUUGGGGAAUCCAUAAUCCACAGAAUGAGCAUAUACAUGUCUAGGAAUCUGGGAGAGAGACUGUGGAGAGGGGAGAGGGGUAUUGAACGCAGGAAUGCCGUUGUUACUGAUUAACUGGUGAAACGUUUUUAACUUGGAAACGGCUUGUGCUUGUUUUGCCGUAGCAACAAUCUUAUAUGGUUUAUAUGGUUUCUGCACUAAUGCACUCAAUACAUUUGCCAAGGAAGCAUCACAGCUAAUGGUUAAGAGACUUUACUAGGAGUAGCUAAUUUUAGCGAACAUAUAAAUACAUGGGUGAGAUUCGCCUUGAGUUCUUGACAGGUCUUGAUGUUGGGCAGUCUUGGCUCUUCAACAUUGCAUGGACAUCAGGGACAGUGGCUUUGGAUUGGAUGUUCCCAUUUUGACCCCUUGUGGUCCUUUGAGUUUGCCCUGCUUCUGUUUUGUUUUUUCCAGUAAAGCUCUUUUCAUUCCCCUGUGCUUGUUCUCCCUUCCUUCCUUGCCUGGGUGUGACACAUAGCCGUAAUUUGUUCAGCAUGAAAUGACCUCAUGCACAAUUGGCUGUAUUGAAACAUCUUGAAAUAUCUAAUCAUUUUUCUUCUCCUAGUCAUGGUCUUUUCAAAGAAACAGGAAAACAUACACACAGAAAAGGCAGAUAUAGAAGUUAAUUAUGAAAGCUCAGCGGCACUGCUGUUUGUUUGCCUUCUUUAAAAAAUAAAAUUACAAACGGUAUCUUCUAGGCUAGGCACCCUUCUUUUAUUCAGAUUGUUAGAUCCUGAUUGGCUGUGUGAAGUGCCCAGAAAAUCCAGAUACUGCUAGAUUUACAGAAGGUUAUAUGCAACAUGAAUUACCAAGUCCAUUUGACGAUAUGUUCAAUCAUUCCCUCUCAAUGAGGGAAUGAUUGUGGCGAAAGGGAGGGGAUAUUUAAGGGUGUAUCCUGAUGUUGAGGCUGAUGUGCGAAGCCAAAAGCAUAUUGUUGAGUGUGGGGCAAAGGAUAUAGAGGAAGGUGUUGACCAUGUGCUUGACCAUGUGUCUGUGUCACCCUUGAUCCUAUUAAACAGUUCUACUGGUUCUGAUAUGAUGAAAGGGUUCCCAGUGGGGUUAUAUGCAUUGUAUGCUACUUGGGGUAACCAAACAAUUCUUAGAACUUUGGCUUAACAGCAAAUAUCACACUGAUCCAUGGAAUAUUGGACCAUCCAAACACACAACUGAUCAAAGAUUAUUGCCCAUCAGACCAACCCUCUGACGUCCCCAGAGUGCCACACACAGUCCACUUGGCACAUAAGUGGAAAGCCGCAGAGUGUCAGAGCUGGCUGCUGUUUUACAGUUCACCUGUCUGACACAUGAUCUUGCCAAAUAAAUACUUAAGACAUCGGUUAAUGUUAGUAAAUGCAAUAUUCAACCUUCUUAAUGACAGAGUUUCAGAAACAGACUUGGCAGACGUUUCUAACUAUAUAAAAAAAUUGUUUGCCAGAUCCCAGAAAUUUAUGGAACAUGCCAAAUGUCAUAUAAUGUCCACCUGUUAACACAUCUAACAUUUUCUGUCAAGUGGUAUAGGCCACUGUGGUCAAAUUUUGCUUUUGUAUUUGAAGGGCAUAACCAAAGGCUGUCAUGGUUAUGCCAUGGCACACUAUCAAUAACAAACCAAAUAGCAUUCCACUUUAAUGUACAGCGAUCUUUGGCAGAUUUACUAGAGGUCACAUUGUGUAUGGAAUAUCACACACAGAGUGAAUCAGGUGACUGAAUAGAUGGUUGUCCUUUGAGGUCCAAAGCUAUGAG